AUGCUGCUUGCUACGGGCCUAUCUGACGGUCUUCAUGGAAUGACACACCACUGCGACUACAACCACCACGACUCUUACCGCAUUCUAAAGCAACACAGCGGAAAGGCAUGGAAGAUGGAAGACAACAGAGCUAGAAGACAACGCUACGAAGUCCCCUACACAACCGCAGCCAUGGACGGCACUCUUCUGCUCCCAGACGACUCGAUGCUCUACACCUCGCAAGCAUCUUUCGCCCCCAUGUCCAGCCAACAGCCUGUCCAUCUGCCAGAGGAGUAUCUCCCAUACGGCAGCCAUCUCGACGGUUCUUCCUACUACCCAGCACCUGAGACUCAGCCCUACAUCUCGCACCAAUCCCCAUACUAUAACCCCGCAACCACUACCUCAGCCAACCAAGCCCAACCAAACUCACAAUGGCUUCACCCCUCACACGCCUCCACCUCCUCCCGCCAUCACCACCACCACCAUCACAGCAACACAUCCUACCAAGAGUCCAUCCCCUCCAUCGCCUCUUCCGACCUCGACCCAGACUUCGACGUCGACAUGGACCUGGACCUCGACAUGGACCCCCAAACAGCCGGAGGAGACCUCCUCUCCUCGCCAUCCCCAAACCCCCCAUCCCGCACCCCUUCAACCCACUCCACAAACACAAAAGACCUAACCCUCUACGGCACACCCUCCCUCAGCCACCCAGGCGCCUGGCGCUGCGCAUACCCAAACUGCACCUCGCCAUCCCUCUUCCGCCGCGGCUGCGACUUGCGCAAGCACUACAACAGACACAGGAAGCACCUCUUCUGCCGGCACGACGGGUGUCCGCAAUCCAACCCGCAGGUCCCCGGCGCUGGGUUCAGCAGUAAGAAGGACCGUGAUCGCCACGAGGCGAAGCAUAACCCCGGCAUUAUGUGUGAGUGGGCUGGGGAGGGAUGUACGAGGGUCUUUUCGCGCGUGGAUAACAUGAAGGACCAUGUGAGGAGGAUUCACCUGAGAGUGAACUAG